CAACCACUUCGUGCCUGACCUAGGCAACUCCCUACACCCCUCCUUCUGUGCUACAAGAUGUGUUUGGUUAACACCAAUCCCGACUGUAUGGAAAGACUUCUGUUUGGAUCGGAUAGCCAUUUCAUGACUCCUGCAGGCGGACGUCAAGACUAGGAUUAUUUUUCUAUUUCCUUCUGGGUUUCGUCAAUAUUUAUGACCCUAUUCCAGGAUGUCUCUGCGAUCCCACUGAAUUGAGUACCUUAAAGGUCUCGAUAUCUCAUCCCGACUUUCCUAUCAACAACUGGACACAGACUCUCCUCUUAUCCGACCUCGGCCUGAUCAACCAUGUCGCUGGUUACGAAAAAGUCACCAGGAAAUCUCUCCACGCUCCCACCAGAAAUCCUACACCAGAUCCUAGCAUAUCUGCCCAUCAGCAGCCUUCUAAGAUUUGCCAGAACUUCUAAGAAGCACUACUCAAGAUCGAUUCUAGCCCUACAAAAACUGCAACUCGCCGUACUGCCCAGGCGCGUCCAUGGGAUCCUGGCUUUUCUUAGCACUACCGAUGUCGAUGACCUCGACUACGCUUGCGCCUUUACAGGUCAGGACUCGCUCGGGCGUAAUCAAAUCAUCAUCACUUCGUAUCUUCCUGUACCCACUAUGACCAGCAGGAGACAUUGGCGGGAGGAUCCUUUGCCUAAACAGUACCGAGAGGAACUCAUGCAGUUACAAAAUGCUCUGGCCUGUUCCGCCCUCUCCUCAUCAAGCCUUGUCAAUCUACAGUCAUUGACUCUGCACAUGUACGAUAUCAAAUCAACCCCUCUGACAGAACUGCUUGCCACUCGAUUCCCCCAUCUUCGGCAUCUCCAUUUGAACUUCAGCCACCCGUACGUUCACGAUACUUGCCUACCAGCAGGUCAAUGGGAGUCACCCCUGUUGCUCCGUGGAAGCCCUGUCUGGAACGCCCUGGCAGGCAUGGGCGAGAAGCACGAAUCAAACCUGAAACUGAAAACAUUGGAGAGACUUACCCUCGACCGAGCCGGCAUCACUUGCGCGCAGCUACGAAGAUGGAUCAAGAACAAUCCUGGCUUGAGAGAAUUGACCCUUCGUAAUUGUCUCGGUGCCGACAAUGAAUUCCUGGACUGGUUGGGCGGCUACUACAGCAGCAAAAGUAUCGAGUCAACACGACAUGCAAAGUUGACGCAUCUAGCAAUCGAAAAUUGUACAUUCCUAUGGCUAGAGACGCCCGAAAAGUUCAACUGGCUGGAUUCUCUACUGGAACCUGGUGCUGAGGAGCAACAUUGUGCCGAUGGCCACGACAAUUCGAGUACCACAACCUUGCAAGUUCUUUCGUUCCACUUGUGUCCAUCCGUUUCGACGUUUGCCUUUCUCGGAUACCUCGACAAGCGGCAUCCACUGCUCAGUCGAAUUGGUUUGCCGAAUGGUCGCGGCCUCGUGCCGAGGACAACUGAGGCCGAGUACCCUCCGUUGGAAAGUUGGAUCGGUAAAACAAAACUCAGCACGGUCCGAGUCGCCAUUGACUCCCCGGAUCUUUGCUUCUCCCACUUCCCCAUGUUCUCGUACUUUCGCAGCUGCUUGGCAAGGUACAGAGCAGUCAAGGAGACCGAGUACAGGGACGGAACCCGUGUAGGCUUUAUUGAGCCAGAUACGCGAUGAUAUCUGGGUCAUCUCAGCACUACGCACCAUAUUUGGGGGUGGAGCAGAUUUUGACUUGGAAAAGUACAGAGCCUAUUGAUCUUGCAACAUCUCCUCCCUUCCACUUGACUUCAGUCCAUCAUCCGUCCGUCUUCGUCUACUUUUCGAAUCUCGGACAACCAACCACGUACGCCUCUGCACGCUGAAGAUUCCUAAGUAUCUCCGUUUAAAGCUCAACGACCAGCUUUUCCGCACUCACACCACCUUUCAGGAUAUCAAGCGCCUUGUUAAGAUCUCCCAAUCCCGAGCCAACAACCCUAGCCUUUGGUCCAGGAACAAACUCCCCACUCGCCAGUCUCGGUGUCAACCACUCGUGGAAAAUUUGCGUCAUCUGCUUGGCCCGGUCCUCUGGAUCCGACGGGGCCACGAUAAACUUGAUAUCUACGCCCUCGGCCUGCGGUGUGUCGGCGGUCAAUGGGCCUACUGCCGAUGCAAUCGACCCACCACCAAAGGCACUCACGAUGUCCAACUGAGCCUGUACAUCUGAGCCUCCACGGUCGCCGGCGGCGCGGAAGAUUGUGUUCAAGCUGAUACCGUCUGCUUUGGCGGCGUCGAUCAGUUUCGAGACGACUUCGGGGUCUUUGUAAUCAAAACACUUUGUCGCACCAAGAGACUUGAGGUACUCGAAGUUCUUGGAGCUGGCCGUCACGUACACAGUGAAGCCGAGUGAUUUGGCGGUCUGGACGGCGGAGACACCCAUGCUGGACGCUGCACCCCAGACGACGACGCCCUUUUUGUCCGAGGGGCUGAAAUGCGUGGAGAAACCGAGACCGAUGAUUAUCCAGCCAUUCCAGGCGACGCCAACAGCCAUGGGAACGGUGGCAGCGUCGACGAAGCUCAAGGUGUCUGGGAUGACGGCCACAUACUCCACAGGGACCAGAACCUUGGCUUGGAAGCCGGCGUAGUCGUUGACGUUCGGUUCCCCCUGGUGGUAGAAGCUAGAUGCGAAGGCGAGGACGCGGACGCCCUUCUUGAACGGUGCGGACACGGAAGAGCCGACAGCCUCGAUGGUGCCAGCAACGUCAGACCCAAUUAUGGCCGGGUAGUUGGCAAUGAAAAAGCCCAUGUCGCGUUGGAAGUAAUCGACUGGGUUCAUGGCGAUGGCGGCAACGGAGAUGACGACCUCGUUGGGUCCGGGUUGAGGGGUGGGGCGAGAUUCAAUGAUGAAGGGUUGCCCUUUGGAGGGGAUGAUAGCGGCUUGGUGGGUUGUCAUGUUCGACGUGCUUGAGGUGUUGGUAUUGUGAUGGAUUGUAUGUCAGAGGGAGAAUGGAGGAAUGCUGAAGUAUGGCUACUAGUACUUGAUUAUUGCGAAGAGCGAGUCUGUGAGAUUGAUGGAGGAUGGCCUGCAGAGAGCAGCCGAAGAGGUUUAUAUCCCUUUGUAUCUGCCUCCCAAUGCCAUGACAGGCUCUCCCUGCACAGUAUGAUGUGAGCGGCAUAGAUCAGCUAGCAUAAGGGAGAGGCAUGGCCAACCCCGUUGGAGGAUGAUUCGCCAGCUUGCCAGUUUCAGUUUCUUAUACGAGUCGAGGUUAGCGUCGGUCUUAAUGGGAGUAACUUACCAG